CGUAUUCGUUCGUUUGGUGAAGUGAAAUAAUUAUGUUUGAAUUUCUAAAAAGUUUUAUCGUUUCAUGCUUGUUAAAAAUGUUAUUUAUUAUUCAAACCGAACAAACCAUUGUUACAUACUAAUUUACUCUGUUUUGUAAAACUAUUGUGAAUAUGACUUCGAGAGUUGACGUUUUUAAAACAAACGAUUUUUUACGGCGUCGUAAGUUAAGAUUGCAACAGGUUAGGGAACAGUCAAAGGAUAUUGCUAGGAAAAUCAGAGAACGCGCAAAAAUUGAAAACUUGCGGCACUUGGAUAGUAUAGAUGCUAGGAAAGAAAAAGAAUAUUUCGACUGCCAAGAGAAAUUGGUAAAACAUUUAGAACAUCUGUAUUCCAAGGGACUGCAGAAAGUUGGUGAUGGUCACAAAGAUGCUUUAGAGAUCACUGACAAAGAUUGUGUAAAGAAGACAGAUAUAUCUAAGUUACGUGGUAAAGAGGCAGCUGAAGCUUUAAGGAGGAAAAAACAAGAAAAAUUGGAUGAACAAAAGAAACUUUUGGAUAGAAAAUUACAAGCAAGAGAUGCAGCAAAUGAAUUAAGCAGAGAAUUAUCAACAGCAGUUACGAAAAGUUUGUUGACAAAACAAACUUCAAAAAAAUGUGAAGAUGCCCCAAUAAAACCUGUUUCAUGUGACACCACUAAUCAAAAUCAAGAUGCCAAAAAGGACAAUUGCAAUGUAACAAAGAAUGAUAUGGGAACCCAAUGGGAAUCUGAAGAAUUGCCUAAUGAAUGGGAACCAAAUGUGCCUGUUCUGUCGCUGCCUAAAGACGACAGUGUUAAAGAGUCACAAAUUCCAACAGAGAAAACAGAUAAAAGUAAAAGGCUUAACUUGUUUGCUUUAAGCGAUGAAAUGCCUUCAAGCUUACGAGGAGGAAUAACUGGCAUAACCGAAGAAGAUCCAGCCCCUGCAAAAACAUCCUUGACACUAGUAUCAGAGUACUUGCAAAAUAGAAAUCUAAGGUUACGACAGCCUGAACCGAGUUCAAGUAAAAAAGAUGACUUGCAAAGUAUAAAGCAAACAAUUCUACGUACUAGAGCAGCAAGGACAGAUGGUAAUGUAUUUGAUAAUGUUUGCCAUGUGCUCGACAAGCAAGUUAUUCCUGUUCCGUCGUGGCAAGCUGAGGACUCUGGUUUUUGUCCCUACUUGUGCCAACAAAAUUAUUAUCCAAGUCGUUUAUAUAAGUCCUUAAUGAGGACACCUGUUAAUAAAUUUCUCAGCUCUCCAAUAACAUUGCAAAAAAGACAAUCUAGCCCUGCACCAAAGGAGCAACAUUCUCAUAAAAGACCUCACACUUUGUUUGGAACCUGUGACCAAACAGGAAAUAAAGACAAAUCGUCUCACUCAACUGAACCAAACACUGGCCUAAGCAGGAAAAAAUCUGUAACAGUUUAUAACCACAACACAAGAAAUAUACAGGACUUGCCAUGCGGUGAUGAGAGAAUUGUAUCCCGUGAUAACAAGACUGAAGAAGAUGCAUAUGCUCAAGCCUUGAAAGAGACUACUAUUGCAAAUUCCUUGGAGAAAGAGCAGUCCAGUAAACAUCAGAAAGAUAUGAGGAGCAAAGUUGCUAUAACUAAAAAUAAUGUUGAUAGAGAAUACAGGGAUACAUUAGCAUUUUUGAAUUCUCUUGCGAAGAACACGAGGGACAAACCCAUAAAAACAGCAUACAUGGAUGAGCAUCAUCAGCACCUACAAAAUGAAAGGCACCAGAGGAAACUUCAAGAAGAAUUCAAAAAAAUUGAAAAGGAAUGUUACAAACACCAUUGCAAGCACUCUAAAAGAAAAGCGACAAUAUCUGAAGACAGAAGAAACAAAACAAGAUCACCAAUACAAAGGGAAAUGAGAAAAGACUUUGAAUACUCCUGGAUGCCAGUUCCUGAAAGCGAUGGCAGUCUCGCUGUCCACACUAUUCCUAACUCAAACUCUAAAACCAAAUCUGGAAAUUCUGUGAAAUUCAGCCAACCUGACAGUUACCAUGAAUACAGAUCAAGACAUAAGCAUACACCCCCAACUAAAGACGUCAGCAACGACAGACAGAGCAAGAGAGUUGUUGAAACUGUUAUACUACAAGAAACUAAUGAUUCUGAUGUCAAUGAUUCGUCAGAAACAAGCUCAGUUGAGAAUUUGAAUGUAGAAAAAGAUAAAACUGAGGACGAUUCCAGACUCAAAGAUGCAGAGAGAAUUAUAAUAUAUAAGAUUCUUGAAUCUAAGAAAGAUAAGAAAAGCAAGGAGCGCAAAAAAGGUAAAACUAAUACAAGACUCGCGAAUUCUGCUUCUGUAAGAGAUGAAGUUAAAGAGAAAGAUGAAGAAGAUAAACUGGAGAAAACUAAAAACUUAGAGAAAUCUGCUGUUGAUAUACAGAGAGGUGUUUCCUUUGAACAACUGCAAGAAGGUGUUUAUGAAGCUGUGAAUAGUAAUGGACAUUUCUACAACGUUAAGAGCUGCUAUACUGCUAAUGUAGAGAUGUGGCAGACCUCUGCUGACCGCAAGCCGUGGUGGGACAACAUAGCUUCCAUGUACUUCACUGAAGGUGCACAUGAAGACGACGCAAGAAAUCGGAGCCAAAAAUGUAAUAAAACUGUUCUCUCAUGUUGCUGCAGUAGAAACAAAGAUUUCAAAGAUGCGGGAGACAACACAAGAUUAUUUCAAAGAACAUCUAGUUGCAAGUGUAGUUCUAGUACGCAAAAAGAAAAUAGUAACGUGGCCCAACCAUCGGCUGCUACAUCUGCUACUUCAUUCACAACAGCUUUCAAUGACAAAACUAAUAAUCGACUUCCCGAUGGUGGUUUUGUUAAACUGAUCGAAGACGAAGGACAAGAAAGCAAUAAAUUUUACGUAGGUGCUUCCGGCUUCUUAAAAAAUGACAACUACGAAGUUGUAAUACAACUGAGAAAGAAAGACACUGAAAAAGUUAAUAAUAUCGAUAAACACCAGCCUUCACCACACUCGAAACCUGUGAAUUCUUUAGGCAUUAUACAAGAAAUGGAACAAAAUUUACAAGAUAAUGGAUCCUCUAAUACCACAGCAAAUGAUCGUUUGGCGACACCAUUAAAAGUGGUGACAAGUUCUGAAGAAAAUAAGAUAACACAUAAUGUUCAACAAGACAAUGCACAGUUAAAUAAAGAACACAGCGAAGUUGAGAUGCCCGAGGAACCAAACUUAGAUUCUCCAUCAAAGAAGUUAUGUGAGAAAGCAGUCCACACUUCUUUUCAAGAUGAUUUCGCUAUUCCCGCUAAUGUGCCCAAAUCAGAUCCGAUAUCAAGACCGGGUACAUCUACUUACACCCAAACUUCAUUUAACUUAUCCAUACCGAAACCAGCUUUCAUGCAUAUGAGCUCUUCUACAUCUACAGCGUACAUGAGCCCGCCUGAGCUAGUUCUACCCAAAUUUUUAAAACAAAAUUACAUUAUUACUAAAGAAGAACUUUAUGAAUCAGAAAAUACAAUGAAUCAAUUGGAUUCUAAUUUUGAUGUUAUAGAAAGUGAACAUUGUAAUAGAUUUGACUGCAGAUGUAGAGUUAACGAUAGGUAUCUAUCAAAGACACCCCCUAACACUGCUCGAAGUUGUAGCAAAGAAAGUUCAGCUGGUGAAUGUGUACAAACGAAGAAAAGAAAAUGUAAAUGUCAUAAUUGCCGAAGCCACAGUGAUACAAAUGUUUGUCGCAAAAUUCAUAGAAAAAAAUCUUGCACCUCAAAAAUAAAGUCUUCAAGAGGUUUACCGUCUGAAGAUAUUAACGCUAUGUUAAAACGAUCACCAAAAAGCAAGCCUUUAAAUACACGUUCCACUAGCAAAAGAAGUAAUAACAUAAACCCUGUUGUAAAAGACUAUGUUAAUAAACUUCUGGCUCUUAAUAGUGAAGGUCUUAAGGCCAUUGAAAUUAUUAAUCAAGACUGUAGUGCUAUUAGUACUCCUGGCAGUUCUAUUAUAAAUUUGCCAUGUAAUAAGAAUAAAGAUAAAUCAAAUUUAGAGAGCAAAAUUUCUCUAGAACAAAUUAAAAAUGUUCUUAAACAGCAAAUUUUAAAAGAAAACUUAAUUGAAGAUGGCAUUAAAAAUAACGGAAAUAGUAAAAAAGAUGAAACUGAAAAUAAAUCUAAAACAUCGGUGCCGAUAAUUACGCAAAAUAGUUUCAAAUUACCAAAAAAGAAAUCGUUACAUAAAGUAAAAUCAUUAAACAUUUCCAAACACAUAUUAAAGAAAAAGAAACCAUCAGAUGCUUUCCUAUCUAGUCAGCGUUUAAGUAAACCUUCCACUUCUGUGUCUUCAUCUGCCCGCGAAGAAAACAAAUUAUUGCGUAUAGAUAAACAAGAAAUCGAAAAGCGAAGUAAAACAUCUACCACUCCAAGAAAGUAUGCUUACCCGGAAUACAAAAAUAGUACUAGUACUGAUAUUGUGGAAACUUCAAAUAGUAAAAGAUGCAAUAGUUCUGGUACAAAUGUAAUUAAAAAACCGUGUAAAAACUCCAUGUACGUAAACUCGCAAAAAAAGAAAAAUUUCAAGUUACCAGCGCACAGAACCACUAUGACUUCUUUUUCUUCAGACUCCGAUGCUACUGGCGCAAUCUUCAGACAUUUGCACCCACCGCAGCCACCAACACACAUAUCAACCCAAACAAAUGGCCUUAUUGAUACAGAAAUACAUUUUAUGAAGAUAGCUGAAGAUAAACUGCAAAAUAUGGAGAAAAUUGCUGAUUUGACUGAAAAAUGUACUAAACGAUUAUCAAACUUGGCGAAAGUUUUAGAAGAAGUAAGAAGAAAUAAAUCUUUGGUAUACAAUCACAUUUCUUCGUCUGACUCUACACCAGAAUCUGAAACGAAAGCUGAUAACAAUGAGCUCUCAACCGAAAUAUCAGGGCAUAUAUCUGAUCCUAACAUACUGACGAAUAAUAAAGAGAGUGUUAAAAAUUUAACUUCUGUAAAUAUGCCGGAAAAACUAAAUAGCCAAAAUGUGGACGCAAAAAAAUCUGAAGAAUUCACGCCACUUUUGAAAGAUAUCCCUAAACCAGAUAUAUUUACAGCACCCUUCUAUUCUAAACGAAACAAUGAGCCUGAUAAAGCAACCAAGAUACAUAAUAUAGAAUCCGACAAUACGAAAAGUAGAGGAAAGCCACCCCCUGCAUUAUCUCGCAUUCACUUAAAAUGUGGAGAAGAUAUUAACAUUAUUCCACAUGAGUUAUCAACAGUUGUUGAAGUGGAUUCGCCUAUGAGUAUGAAAGUUAAAAGUCAAUCUUCGCGACAAGACACUAAACUGGAAGUGCUAGAAAAAUCAGACCAUUUUGUAUCAGAUGAAAACGAUAACAUGACCGCUAAAGAAUUGAUUAAGGUUAAUCCAGUUGAUCCUGAUUUACUGAAAACUAAUUAUAAUUUAUCUAGACGACUGUCAAAAGUAUCUUCAACAGAUUCUUCAGAUGAUUCUAAAAUACGUAUGAUGGACAUGAAAAAAUUUAAUGAUAUUAUGCUAAAGCCUUUCAUUAGUUUAAAAGAAUAUGCAAAACAGUGCAAUAUUGGAUUAGAUGAAGGUUCAAAUUUUGAGGAUGUGGUUAAAGACAACCCAAUUAAUGACGACUUAAGUUCUCUUCACUCUGAUGGCAGCUUGCCUGAUGUCAUUGCAGAAUUAUUGAAAAGAAAAAUUAUUACUGAGCCCUUUAAGUAUGAUACGGGUUCAAAUGUUAAUUCGACAACAGUGUCAUCGGAAUCGACUCUAUCAGUUUUAGCUUUGUCCAAAGCGAGAAAGGAAAAAAAGAAAUCGGCCGUAUUUCUGAAGAACAAAGAAAAUAUAGUAGAGACUUCUGGAACGUUAAGCAUAUCGUCUAAUCCUGAUUUAGAGAAUGCUUUUCAAAAACUUGGUAUGGGUUGGGCUUCAUCAACUUUAAAGAAAACAAAAGAGCGAUUGGCUUUAUCGUCCUCUUCUAAUACCUCUAGUUCCAGUAUGACACAGUUUAAAAUGAAAAGUUUUAGUCAAGAUGUUCCCAAUUUAGCCACUGACUCGACCUCAUCAUUGCUUGAAGUUUCAAACAAACGUGACAAGGAAAUGUGUUCACCUAGAAGAUAUCAAAUGGAAGAAAAUUCUCGGAAUGCUGUUCAGCAAACAUCAUUAACAAAUUCUAUGACUGUAAAAGAGUUUCUUACGAAUGAACUGGCUAAGAAAAUUACAUUUAAUAAUAAAUCGACCAGAAAAGGUGAAGAGGAUUUCGUUUCUUUGUAUGAGACUAAAAUGCCAGAGGAGAUGAAACAUACUAAAGUAGGACAUGACGAGGAACAGUCGAGUGCCGCUAGUGUUAAUCACAAUAGGGCGCGCACCUCAACGCCAGUGCAAAUAUUUAAAUCUCAGACAUAUCAUUCAACUUCUACUUCAAAUACUUCCAAUGGGUUUUUUAGUAAUGCCGAUGACCUAUCGUCUGUUAAGGUAACUUCUGCCUCCAUACGCAACCAUUCCACAUCUGACAAGGAUGAUUUAACCAUUCCAAGUUACAGCCUUAAAACAAAAAAAGGACUGUCCGAGUCUGGCUGUAGUAAGAGUGAUUGAAAUUGUUUCAAUUGUAUGUUAUUUAUUUUUGUAUGAAAUUUUUAUAAUGGCAUGUUACUUAAAAUGGGAAUUAUUGUUGUAAUAUUUUUUCUAUGUGUAUAUUAUGAAUAAACUGACGUGGUUUAAUAAUG